UCGGGUCUGCUGAUUGGUCGGAGAGGCUUGGGCGUUACAUUCUGAUUUGUCUAUCCGUAGUGCCCGGUGUCCGGGUAAGAUGGCGUCGGAGGAGCAGUGUUCGGUACCGCCUCGAUGGCGGUCGGUAUCGCUUACCCACGUAGAAUAUGCAGCAGAUGACCUAACAGGACAGGUCUUGGCCUGCACCAGCCUUCUUCCUGUUGCCAUCUUGGUUGGCUUUGUCACCCUCAUUGUGUUUAAGCGGGAGCUACACACUAUUUCUUUCUUUGGGGGACUUGUUCUGAACGAGGUGGUGAACUGGCUGCUGAAAUGUAUCUUCAGAGAACCGCGGCCCUGUGAAGGAGCUCACGCCACGCUGAACACAGAGUAUGGAAUGCCCUCUAGCCACGCCCAGUUCAUCUGGUUUUUUGUUGUAUACUUUUUUCUUUUCCUUUAUUUAAGAAUGCAUCAAACAAACAAUGCCAGGUGUGUGGAGUUAUUGUGGAGACACGUACUGUCCAUCUUCUUGCUGAGCGUGGCCUUGUCUGUGUCAUAUAGCAGCAGGUAUUGCGGUCCUUAUGCGGCCUUGUCUCUGUCAUACAGCAGGUAUUGCGGUCCUUAUGCGGCCUUGUCUCUGUCAUACAGCAGGGUGUACUUGCUGUAUCAUUCCUGGAGUCAGGUGAUAUAUGGAGGCGUGGCUGGUAGCAUCAUUGGAGUUGUGUGGUUUUUUAUCACCCAGGAGGUGUUGACACCCCUGUUCCCCAAGAUAGCCGCCUGGCCGGUGUCAGAGUUCUUUUUGGUGCGUGACACGAGUUUGAUUCCCAACAUCCUGUGGUUUGAAUACACAGUAACGCGAGCAGAAGCUAGAAACAGACAGCGAAAGCUCGGAACAAAACUUCAGUGAUUUCUGCAGUUUAUUGCUUGAACUGGGAAAGGACCACGUACACUGGAGAGGCAACUCUGGUUAGAUCUGCUCACAAAAAAGGGAAUCAGUUGAAGGGUGGACCAAAAGAAGUGCUGGGACCGACCUACAGCCUGAACAAGUCGACCGGCUUGCUUCCGGUGCUCAUACUGCUAUACUGCUUGCAAAAAGCUCCCUGAUGCAUGCAAGACCGUGCAGGAGGCAGACUAAUGGAAACAAAAUAAUAUAUAUUUUAACCUUAAAUGCACGCAGGCAGUAAAAUGUACUGUAUGCAACUGAAUUUUGGAGCCAAGAAAAAGGAUUCUGUAAAGUGUGAAAUGGUUUGCUGGUAUUUCAGCAUGAAACUGUUAGAUUUUGUAGGUAGCUUGUCUGGGGCGUUGGGGGGUGGGUUUGGGUGUAAUUGGUUUUUCUUUAAUGUAUUUCAGAAAAAAAAUCCACUUUUAAAAUAAAGUGGUUAAAAUGUAAUUUAAAACUAAAUUUGUACUUUGUGAAGAUUAAACAAAAAGACAACAAAUAAUGCCAGUGCCCAGUGAAAUGAAAGAUUUGCUGCAUAGCUUCUAAUAAUCACAUCAUCAAAUCAGUAUUUAACAGCUGUUCAUCGCUCCCUUUUCAAAAUGCAGUUCUUUGAUCCAAAAAAGAUGAAGUGCAAUUAACUUUGUGUCUCAUACAUUAAACAUUGCAGUACAGAUAAGUUGUUUAAGGCUGGGGUGUCUGUUACAGUUACUGAAAAUCAUACCCCACCAUUUCUUCUGGUAUAGACUGCAGAGGAUGCCAAUCUGACAUGCAGAGCCUUACUGCUACGAUCAAAUAUUUGUUUAAUAUCUUUUACUCAUAAGAACGAUGCAUGAUGAAA